AUGUCUUCUUGGCGAAAAGGAUUUAAUGGUUUCGAAUGUGUCUUGAGAGCUAUAUGUGAGGUAGCGCAAAACACUGUCGAAGAAGAAGGGUUAGUAGGAGAAAUCAUUCAUAUUUUGCUAAAACCAGACUACGGGAGAUCGCCGUUUGAUGAAAAAGAUCCGGACUGGGAAGAGAACAUGGCUCCUUAUACAGAUGCAGCAACUGCUGGCAGGCAGAUGUUCAACUGUGCCUACGUCUAUAACGGUUGUCCAGAAGGUCAAGGGAUCAUGGAGCUUAUAUCUAUAUUAAGAGAUGAAUAA